AUGAGUUGGAAUGCUGACGAUGGAACAACAGGGACUAGAAGGAGCCGACCUGGAAGAAGCCAUUCAGCCGCCGUGACCGAUUGGCUGGGUCGAACAUCAUCGGCCGGAUUGCCAUCGUCGCGUCACACGGGCCACGGUGGCGGCAGUUACCCGACGCAGUCGAGCCAACAGCUGCAACAGGAACAGGCCCGUCUCGUCCUAACGUUAACAGGCUGGCGUCGGCGUGCCCUUUUCGGCCUUUUGUUAACUCUCACCGUUAUCGUCAUCAUCAACCUGUCGCUCACUUUAUGGCUCCUGCGUUCCAUGCAGUUCUCGUUGGACGGGAUCGGCAACAUGAAAAUCACGCCCAGCGGGAUCCAAUUGAACGGGGAAGCCAUGGUGCUAGACACUUUGAUUACGUCACACAUCAGUGCCAAACAGGGACAACCGCUCGUCUUUGACUCGAGCCAAAAUAUCACGAUGAACGCCCGCGACGCCCAGGGACGGAUCGCCAACAAAAUCUUCCUCGGUGACAACAGGCUGGAGGUGGUAGCCAGAGAUUUCCGCGUGACCAACUCCCGCCAGGAGCUACUUUUCGCCGCUAACCGCAAAGAAGUGAUCGUCGGUGCUGACAUCUUGCGAGUGUCAGGCGUGGGCGGUGCCGUGUUCGAAGGAUCGAUUCAAACGCCAUUGGUUCGAGCAGAAUCGGGAAAUGAUCUCAGGUUGGAAUCUGCCACCCGAACGUUGCAAAUGCAAGCCCCGCAAGGGGUGGCGCUAGAAUCGCAGGCGGGUGACAUCACGGCAACAAGUUACGAAGACCUGAGACUUUGGUCGACCGGAGGAUCGAUCAGAAUAGAUUCUUCGAGCGUCGUGUUGCCAAAUAUUCGAACGGCGCUAGUGACGUCAAAACGUCCAUCAUCUGGUUCGAGUAACCAGCAACAGACGGGCAGAUCAUCUGCCCAGAUAUAUCAGGUGUGCGUGUGCAGCAACGGCAGAUUGUUCCUGUCGCCGCCCCAUGGCUUAUGCAUAGCCGAUGGCACUAUAUGCGCCUAACUAUAUAAUUUCAAAAAAAAACAAAAUGAAUUGGUAAGCCUACGCUUUCACGGCGUUGGGCUUGAUGGAAAUGAAGGCAAAAUUGAGGCCAGCGCACGGCAAGAACAAGGCAAUAAAAUGUGGGACACGACACCAAAAGAAAUGUGUACAUACAAAAAUGCCGCAUUGCUAUUCGAAUGUGCCGCCAGUGCCGAAUCGUUUGGGCAAAGCGCCAUUUUUCAAAAGAAAAGAAGGCGAAUAAUAUGGCGACAUUCACGACAGUUUGAAAGAAAAAAAAAUUCAAUAUUAUUGCUAUGAAAAUCAAGAUGAUUAAUGACAAAAAUUAAUGUGCGUGAUAGUGAGGAUUUACGUGAAACCUGUAGCCUCCGAUCUACAUGGUGUGUACGUGUGUUAUUCAAAGUGCCGUGUUGUUCUGAACGGAGCAUCAAAGGACCCGCCCUGACGUUUACCGACCGAUAGAUCAAAGUUGUCUUUAGAGAGUUUCUUAUUUUAAUGGACACACAAACACUAACCACUUCAACAAGAAAUGCUCCGCGACAACCAGUGGGAAUUGGACAAACCAAGUGAGGGGGGGCCACAUCUUUAUGUUUAUUUUUUACUUUUUAUUUGCUAUUUUGUUGCCAUUAUCCACCGAUUUGGCUGCUCGUGUAGUCGUCCACGUUCAAACAACAGCUGGAGAAUAGCUACAAAACAACGCGAAAACGGCCAAACGGAUGUGCGUGUCUCUCAAAUCGCCGUCUUUUAAUGGAGGUUCAAUAUACACUUCUAGCAUGACGUAAAGGCAAUAUUGAAAAUGUGAAGCAGCUGAUUGAAAAAAUGUUAAUGCUAAUGAUGAAAUACAAGUGUCUUUAUUGAUUUAAAA